AGUCACUUUCAGUAAAUAAGUUACUGGAAGCCAAGGAAGUGAAACUAGCUCUGUUUUUCCCCUUUCUGUCUUCUUCUCGACAAAAGAGCCAUGGCUGCUGCUCCUCAGGAUCCCUUCCAGAAACUCUGUGAGGAAGCCACUUGCUCGAUCUGCCUGGAUUAUUUUGACAAACCAGUGACCACAGAGUGUGGGCACAAUUUUUGCCAAGGUUGCCUCGAUCAAUACUGUGGGGAUUCAGAGACAGAAGUGUCCUGUCCCCAGUGCAGGGAAAACGUUCAGAGAGGGAGCCUCAGGCACAAUCGGCUGCUGGCAAACUUUGUAGAUAUCACAAAGCAACUUGAAAAUCAAGGAGCCAAGGUGGAUGAAAGCGAGGGGCAAGUCUGUGAGAAACACCAGGAGCCCCAGAAACUCUUCUGCAAAGAGGACCAAACCCCCAUCUGCAUGGUGUGUGACAAGUCCAAGGAGCACCGAGAUCACAAUGUGGUCCCAGUGGAGGAGGCUGCCGAAGAGUACAAGGAUCGGAUCUAUAAUUGCUUGGAGGACUUGAAAAAGGAAAAAGAGAUGAUUCUGCGGCAUCAAGCAGACACAGAAGAUAGACAAUAUCUAACUCAGGAUUUCAUGAAAGCAGAAGAGCAAAGCACAGUUGCCAUGUUUGGAGAACUACAGCAAUUUCUAAAGGAACAAGAGAAGUUUUUCCUUGCCGAGAUAGAAGAUGUGAUGAAGGAGUUUGAAACUAUAGGUGAUGCACACCUGUCUAGGAUAUUGGAAGAACGCUCUUACGUUGAAGGUUUCAUCCAGGAGUUAGAGGAGCAGCAGCAACUGCCAGCCAUUGAAUUUCUACAGGGUGUUCAAAGAAUCAUGCAAAGGAUUGAAGGGAGGAAAACGUGUAAGAAUCUCAAAUUCUCAUUUCCUCUUGCACUUAAGUGGAAGAGCUGGGCCGUCUGUAGUACAAAUAAUUUCCUAAUGGGUCUCAUAACAGAUUUCAAAGAUGCAGUCUUAUCCGGACAACAGGAGCAGCAAGCAAAUAUAACUCUGGAUCCAAACACAGCUCAUCCUCAACUCGUCCUCUCUGAGGAUCUUAAAAGUGUGACAUGGACGGAGAACUGUCAAGACCUGCCAGACAAUCCUGAGAGAUUUGACAAAUAUCCUAUUGUAAUGGCCCGUGAAGGAUUUACAGCAGGCAGACAUUUCUGGGAUGUCAUUGUGGGAAGUGAGGAGGAGUGGGCUGUGGGAGUUGCUUCAAAGCAUGUAGACAGAAAGGGCUUUUUUGUCCUUCUCCCUGACAGGAGAUUCUGGGCUCUAGGGAAGUGGGGAGGUCAAUAUAUGGCACUAACCUCUCCUUGUAAUUCUGUCCUCAACAUCAAGCAUGAGCCCCAGAAGAUCAGAGUUCAUCUAAACUAUGCUGCAGGAUUUAUAGUCUUUUUCAAUGCUGAUACAGGACAUGAUCUCUUUGAAUUCUCUGGACUCACAUUUGCAGGAGAAACUCUUCUGCCCUUCUUUCGUGUGCAUGGGAAAGCCCACCUUAUAGUUUCUCCUUAAUGCAGUCAAACAAACUCCUUAAGGUCCUUCUCUAGUUUCACUUUUGUAAGGGGCUUCCAGAGAGGUUUGUUCAGUGCUUCUCAAACUUACUCCUUUACAAGUGUCAUUCCAAAUGUAUUCCCUUGUUUUCAGAGAGUUCCCUUUUCCAUCUAUAGCUUGAUUUUUAAGUGACUGUAAUUUAUGUUGGAUUGGAGCCUAUUAGACAGGGUACAACAACCCUCAAGAACCUGUUUGUAUUUUCUCACUGAACAACCACCAGUAUAUAUAAGGAAGAAACAAAAGGAAGGAUAUCAGGGAGACCAUCAAGUACUGAGAUACAAAGGAAACUAGAAGCUGUCGCCUCUUGCAUUUGCUGUUUAUUUUGGCAUUGGAAACUCUAUUGAGAGCUAACAGACAAGAUGGCAUAAACUGUGAAGAUGAAAAAAAGAGAAGUGUAUAUUGAAGGCUUCCGUGGGUGAUCUUGUGA